CCAACUGCAUUCUUCAUCGUAUUAAAUCAGUUCGCAAUCAUGGUUAACUAUGGCGUCGUGCUGCUGUUUGGUGUCGUAUCGUUGAUGGCUGGGUCGACCACGGGUGUACCGAUGUCUCCUGGGUACGGUGGAUAUUCUUACCAAACCACAACGGCGAAGGAAUACUACCCCACGCCGCCGCCCUACUACACAACAAUAACAUACGCUACACCGACCUACUACACCGAGGCCCCAAAGUACUACACCACCAAGGCACCGGAGUACUACACCACAACGUACGCUGCCCCUAGCUACUACACCGAAGCGCCAAAGUAUUACUCUGCCCCGAGCUACACCACGAAAGCGCCCGAGUACUACACGACUACCUAUUACACCGAAGCCCCCAAGUACUACACCGACAAGGCCGAAUAUUACACAACCCCUUAUGCUGCCCCAGUCUACUACACCGAGGAAUCUAAAUUGGUCGGUCAUAUCUUAAUAGUUAUUAGUCACUGGGAAUUGAUUGUUGAUCUUAAAUGA